AAUACUGAUUUAUAUCAUUUGUGGUGUAUGUAAUCAGUUGUGUGUAUACAUAAUACAUACCUUUUUAAUGCAUAAUGCAUACAAAUUAUUUCACAUGUGAAACAAAAGUGGUUUCGGUAAAUUAUCGUACUGUACAAUGGCAAAAGAAGAAGAAGAAGAAGAAGAAGAAGAAGAAAAGAAAAGGAAAAAAAGAACUGCAGCAGGCCUGUGGAGGAUCUUUAGAUGGGGGAGGUUGACGAAAUGCAGGGGCGUGACGCCUCGGUCUGUAGCUGCACUCGCCUGCGGAGAGAAUGGGAGUGAUAGAGAGCGGGUGAGAAGUGGAGGGAGGAGGAACUUGAGGGAAAAAAGUUAAAAUAAAAAUGGCUUCCUUGUCUUUGGAGUCCACAGAACAAACUGAAAAUGGUCCAAAGGCGUCCACGAAAGAAGAAGCCAAAGUCAAAGAGGAGACGGAUCCGGACGAAGUUUCGGAACAACUGCUUCAAAGCUUCCAGAACUCGGCGCUCAGUUUUUCCACCGAUCAGGUCGCGUGUCUGUGCGAGGCGCUCCUGCAAGCGGGUAAUGUGGAUCGCCUUUGGAGAUUCCUCUCCACCAUCCCUCCUUCAGCCGAUCUGCUACGUGGCAACGAGACCCUGCUCAAGGCCCAGGCUUUGGUCGCUUUUCACCGGGAGGAAUUCAAAGAGUUGUACGCCAUCCUGGACAGUCGUGACUUCCACCCGAGUAACCAUGGGUUCCUGCAAGACCUUUACUUGAAGGCGCGCUACAAGGAGGCUGAGAGGUCUCGGGGUCGCAGUCUGGGCGCCGUGGACAAAUAUCGAUUGCGCAAAAAGUUUCCUCUGCCAAAAACCAUUUGGGACGGUGAGGAGACUGUUUACUGCUUCAAGGAGAAGUCGCGCACCGCUCUGAAGGAAUGUUACAGGAUCAACAGGUAUCCCACUCCAGACGAGAAGAAGAAUUUAGCAAAAGUCACCGGACUUUCUUUGACUCAAGUGAGCAACUGGUUCAAGAAUCGCCGACAGAGGGACCGGACCCCGUCCGGUACCAACAGCAAAAGUGAAUCUGAUGGGAACCACAGCACAGAGGAUGAAGCCAGCAAGGGAGACCUAGAGGAUAUUACUGACAAACCUGCUGCUCAAGAGACAGGCAGCUCUAAUGCUUCUCUUAUAUCUCUCACUGGUGCUCCUUGCAAUACUGGUGGUCAGCUUAUUCUCAACAGCACAGGGGGAUUCCUCACAAGCUCUCAUCCCCUACUGCUCAAUGGGAGCCCUAUACUCUCAGGGGCAGGGACUGGGGUUAUUAUUAAUGGGUUGACACUAAGCGAUGGCCACACAGUCACUCUAAGUCCUGUUACAGCUAAUGCACCAUUGCUGCUCAAUAGGGCACAGGUGAUCUCCAAAGAAGAGCGUGGCAUCAACGAUAUGGACACCCAAGGCAGUCUGCCCCCUGUGGUACUGAAUCCACAAGCCAGUCUAACUAGUACAAUACCUCUCUCUCUUAGUGAGGAAGCAAAAACAGCGAGCAGCAAUGUCUCUCCACUGGAUUUCAUCAGUCUUCCAGAGGCCUUGAAGAAUCCAGAUAAUAAACAGUCAGUACUUACGAACUCUAUGUCCACUUCCACAAUCUCCACUUCUGUUAUCUCUCCCACGUCUUUUUCUUCAGUGGCAUUGGCCCAAAAUAGUGUUCCUGCAUCAACUGCGUGCUCUGCGAGUUCAGUUAUCUCCAGUCCAGUGGUGCCACUACAGCGCACACAGCCAUCAGAGAUUGUUGUAUUAACGAAGGCUGAGCCUCAGACGCCCGCCAUCAGAUCCAUCUCCAGCCCUCAGGUGCUGUCUUUACCCCAGGUGGUACCAUCUAUACAGGGCAUUCCAGUGUCUCAACUUAUGCAGCAUACAUCUGGGGCCACAGUGUCAUCUUGCCCCCAGCUUGUUCCAGUCUCCACUGUCAAUGCACAACUUACGCAAGACUCCAUUCCUCAGUUUCAGACACAGACUUUGCACAUUGGUCCCAGACUUGCUCAAGCCCAGCCCCAAAAUGGAUAUACCCUACUAAACACAAAUACUGCUUUAUCACUCCCCCAGAUGGCUGAUGAGCAAGUUACACAAGGGCUUACACCUCAGCUUGGAGACGAAUUUACUUCAGCUACCAUCCCACAAAUACAGACCUCCAUGGGUACACAAGUCAUUCCCAUCUCCUCCCCAACUCAAGUUGUGCCCAUUUCCCAGCCCAAAGACACAUGCCAGCCUCAGCUGGUCCCCCUGUCGCUGCCUCAACUUAUGCCUGUAUCGUCCAUUGCAGGAACACCAACUGGAACCUUCUCUUUCCCUCAGGUGGUCCCAGCUGCACCACCCCUCUCCAUCCCAUCCCCUGGUGGUGCUUUCCAGAUUCUAACUCCUGGGUCUGGAACAGGAUUGAGUGUUGCACCGGGACCAAUAUGCCUUAGCCCAGUAGGUCCUCCACAGAGUGUCCCUACUGCUACCAUUCCAGGUGUUCAGCUUCUUAAUUCUGGGGUGGUUCAGCUGCCUUCUUCCUCUCCAGGCAACAUUCUCUUAGCGGGUGGUAUAGGGGGCAGCCCCAUCUUAAGUGUUCAGAAUGGAAAACUCAUCCUCACUAUCCCAGCUGGCAUCCAGUUCACCAGCAUGCCUGUCAAGUCCGUCCCAGACAAUUCAAUCUUAAGCAACAUUACCCUUGAUGAAAACUCAACUGUUCCUCUGCAUGAGAGUCAACCAGCACCUUCACUCACUGCUCAAACCUCAAAUUCACUACAAUCAUCUUCUUUGUGUUUUUUUGGCGCCUCUACACUUUACUGCAGCCCUGAGCCUGGGACCAUUGCCAACCCGACCCCCGGAGCUUCUCCGAACACCCCAGACUCUUCUAGCACUCCCACUCCUACGGGGGUUUUACAAGCCCAGCAGACACUCAGCCCUGAUAGAAUGCAGCCCCUCAGUCCAAUCUGUAGUGAUGUUGCAACCGGCCCCCACCUCUCACAGCCAGUCUGGAGCCCUGUCGUGCUGUCCUCUUCUAGCCUGACAUUAUUUGAUGUGCGUGGGAAGGGGGAUCUUCCAGAGGACCCAGCUUUGUUGGGCCUGCCAGGUGGAGAGUCCCUCCUGUUGGGUACCCCACCCCCAGGUGAGGACAUGGAAAGAGAUUCUCAACUGGACGAGGUGGAUGAAAUGGAUGGGGACCCGAAAAUUCUAACACAACUGCAGUCUGUCCCUGUGGAUGAUGAGUUGGGUUUGUAAUUAUCUGUCUUAUUGACAGCCUGCUAGAUACAGUGUUAAAUAAGAGCUUCAGCCUAUAAGAGUUGCAAUCAACCAAGGAGCUAUUAUUUAUGACCUCAGAGGUUUGAGAGUGGUUUUCUCCACUCUACCUUAUGCAGGUUGACGUUGAAAUAGUGGAGGUUUUCAACCUGAUAACCUGAGUUGUUGAAAAGAACUUCUUUGAUUUUGUUAGAAUAAAUGUCUUUCAUGUAUUUUGAAUUCCAUUGUGAAAAGAGAAUUCAGCAAGGGUAUGACUACAUAGAGGUUUCAUUAGCAGUGGAGGAACAAGGCACUGUCAUGGUUUGUCACAUUGGACAUUGUAUAACCGAUAUUAACCUCUAGGAAAAUUAAAUCUCAGUAUGUGUUUAUAUGUUAGCUCGGAUUUUGCUGAAACGCAGAUCUUGUGUUAUGUUACAAGGGCCUACGGUGGUAACAAGGCACUAAUAUGUCAAAGACAAUGACUUUUUUUAUUUUAAGAGUGAAUGGCGUGUGAGACUUUUUCCUUUGUGCCUUACAUAUUUUUUGUUACUUAAAGGAAUGUUCUGGGUUCAAUACAAGUUAAUCUCAAUCGACAGCAUUUGUGGCAUAAUGUUGAUUACCAAAAAAUUAUUUUGACUCGUCCCUCCUUUUCUUUGAAAAAAGCAAAAAUUGAGGUUCCAGUGAGGCACUUACAAUGGAAGUGAAUGGGGAUAAUGAAAGUGAAUGUGGCCAAUUUUUGGAGGGUUUAAAUAGAAAUGUGAAACCUAUAAUUUUAUAAAAGUACUUUCAUUGAUCCUUCUGUUAAAAUUUGUUUAUUAUUUGAGCUGUAAAGUUGUUUAAAUUGUCAUUUUUACAGUCGUUUUAGGGUUUGUUGACAUAUCAUCAUGGUAACAAAGUUGUAAAAUUGGCUGUAAAUUUACUCAGAAAAGGUAAGUGAUUUUUUUACACUACAAUCAUAUUUACACGCAUAUUAUUUAUGUCUUGUGGCCAUACUUUUGAAAAAGUGAGUAUUUGAGCAUUAAAAAAACUGGCCCCCAUUUACUUCCAUUGUAAGUGCCUCACUGGAACCUCGAUUUUGUCUUUUUUUUUUUAAAGAAGAGGGACAAGUCUAAAUGAAUUUUUGUGGUAAUCAACAAAAUGCCACAAAUGCUGUCGAUUGAGCUUAACUUGUAUUGAACUUGGAACAUUCCUUUAAUAGUUUAAUAGAUUACGCUAUUAUGAACAGUACUUUUUUCUUUUAAUAAUUAUAAUAAUAAUAAUAAUAAUAAUGUCAUAUUAUGUUUUCCCUCCUAAAGACAAUAUAAUCGAUGUACAUAUAUGUUUUAUGCUGAUAGAAGUACUGACAACUUGGAAUGAAAUGGGUCCACUACAAACCUAAGUAUCUAAUAUCAAACUGGUCAUAAAGACACCAACAGACAUCUGAUGUGCACCCGUAAGAGAAGCUUGGAGUUGAGCAUUACACUUUUGAACACUUAGAGAAGCACUCUUACUAUUUAUGUUGUUUUAUGUGUACAAUUUCUUGCAGACUAAAUAUUGAAUCCUAAAGCAUGAUGGUGCACCAGGCUGACCAUGAAAAUUCAGUCCAAACUUUAGAUACUGGUUUGACAUAGACAUAAAACAUUGUGGUCUCCCAACCAUUCCAGCUCAUUACUAAAACUAAAACUGUAUACACCUAAUAGUCUCUAGUAUUCUGGUUGAAGGGAAUUGAAGUACUGCUAUAGUUUGAAUAUUACUCUAUGCAACAAUGGUUCCACAGGAUAACUGAACUGAUGGUUAUACAACUCUUAACUCUAAGAUGUUGAAAACAGCCAUUUUUUUUUUACACUACAAAUCCACCAUGUAUAUGUACAGUGAAAUGUUUUUUUUUGUUUGUUUUGUUUUUUUUUUCAGUUUUUUACUUUGUUUUUUAUAUUUUGAAAUAUUUUAUUUGUAGAAUUUUAUAUAUAGCUACAAAAAAUAUCUGUCUUUUUUCUAUUCACUUAAUUCUAAUCAAGUGGAAUUAUGUCUGAGUGACAACUCAAAAUACAACUGAUGACUUUUUUCCAUGCAUGAUUUUGAAAGACACGCUGAUGUGUGACCACAAACAGUUACAUUUAAGUUUGCCUUAAAGGUGCACUAAGUAACUUUUGUCUUUGUGUCAUCUUGGACUUACACUGACACCUAGUGGCUUGGAUGCAGCAUCAUUUAAAAUCAGUAGUUUUCGGUUUCAGAUGCCAUUGUAGAAAUAUAGUAUUCACAGUCAGCCAUGAUUACGUUAUUCAAUUAGUGAAAGUGUCAAAUAACAGGAUGGAGUAGUAGUAUUUGGAUGGUCAUGUGAUUAUAACAUGCCAGCCCCCAUGUGCGGACCCUCUCCAUGUAGAAUACAUUUUAUAUCAAUUUAAAUUUAUAAGGUUACUGAUAUGACUGGAGUCUUCAUUUUAAUGUGACUGGUCAUGAUUUCCUACAUAUAUUGCAAAAUACAAUUCAUAUCUUUAGGAUUUGAACUUUUUUAAUGAGGAAAAAAUUACUGAGUGAACCUUUAAUACUGGUAAUUAUCACCACCAGACCGAUUUGCUCAAUUCAGAGCACAGCUCUGUAAGUUUUGCACAUUUUAUUCAUGAAGCAUUUACUUUUCUCUGCAAAUUUGGUGCUAUUGUUCCAAGAGUUAAGGCUUUUGUGAGUCAUAGUGGUAUAUUAGGCCUGUAAGCUUUUGGCAUCUAUUCUGGGUACACAGAGCAGUCUCCCUGUGAUAACUAUUACCUUAAAUAUACCAUUGUGUUUGUCUUACACCUUUGUCUUUUAUAUUGAAUGCAUGUAUCAAUCAUUUUGGGGUUUUUCUAUGAUAGACUCUUCCUUAUUUUAGCUUAGGUUUACACUGCAUUUCAUGACAAGUUUUUGCUUUGUGUAGCAUCUAUCUCUAAUUACUGUUUCAAUAAUGAUUUCAUGAUAGAGUUUGUAUUUUACACAUUUAUUUUACAUAGGACUUGUAGCAUUGACUUGCCAAAGUUUGUCACCUUUUAAGCACCUGGACAAUGCUUUGAGCUUUUUGGAAAGUAAGGUAAUGUACGUGUGUGUGUGUGUGUGUGUGUGUGUGUGUGUGAGCGUGUGCGCCUAUUCAUCUUUCAGAAUGUGAUGAUUCCUAUGUUUAUGCACAGGUAUUUUAGUUUGUAGAGAUAUCUUUGUUCUGUUCACUUAUUUUCUUUGUUUCUCAAUACAUUCUUUAUACCCUCAUGUAUACACAGAAAAAUAUGCAGCUGAUCAAACCAAAUACUUUUUUUAAUUUCAUGUACUAAAGGGAGUUUUUUGUCCUUUAUUGUAAAACUGCAUCUCUUUUUAUAGAGGUGUGUCUUGUAUUUCGUAUAGUAUUUUAUUUUUUAUAUUCCAUUUUAUUGUGACUUGUAAUAAACAACAUAUAUAAUGCUA